CUAAAAAGCCAUGAUCUAAAACCAAGUGUGAAUAAAAGACACUGGAUAUUUUGGGAUUUUCGCUAAAGUUUUGUGGUUAAUUUCUAGGUAUCAUCCACAAGCUCACACGGUCAAACACCAAGAUGGCCUCAUCGGUCUCCUUUACCCUUUUCUUCCUCUGCUUCUCUUUCUUUCACUUCCCGCUCUUUUCAUCACAAUCAAGCCAUUCAUUCCCCGAAGAAGCCCUCCCCAGCAGGUAUGGUUACCUACCAAUCAAUCCUACUUCUGCUUCUGCAAUUUUCUACGCUUUCUAUGAAGCCCAAAACUCCACUUUGCCAGUCUCCCAAACCCCACUUCUCAUUUGGCUCCAAGGUGGCCCUGGCUGCUCCUCCAUGCUUGGCAACUUGUACGAACUUGGACCAUGGCGAGUCACCCAAUCCCUCACCCUUCAGCCCAACCCUGGUUCCUGGAACAGAAUUUUUGGCCUUCUUUUUCUUGAUAGUCCCAUUGGAUCUGGCUUCAGUGUGGCCUCAACCCCAGAAGAGAUCCCAAGAGAUCAAAACGCGGUUGCCAAACACCUUUUUNCUGCUAUAACCAACUUUCUUCAACUGGAUCCUCUUUUCAAGCAUCGCCCUAUUUAUAUUACUGGAGAAAGCUAUGCUGGCAAGUAUGUGCCUGCAAUUGGGUACUAUAUAUUGAAGAAAAAUGAAAACUUGGAUGCUUCCCAAAGAGUGAAUCUGGCCGGUGUAGCUAUUGGGGAUGGGUUAACAGACCCCGAAACUCAAGUUCUCUCUCAUGCUGUGAAUGCUUACUAUGCUGGAUUGAUCAACGAGAGGCAGAAGAAUGAGUUGGAAAAAGGUCAACUGGAAGCUGUUGGGUUGAUCCAAAUGAGGAAUUGGAGUGAAGCAACAGAUGCGAGAAACAAGGUGUUGAGAAGGUUGCAGGACAUGACAGGGUUGGCUACUUUGUAUGACUAUACAAGAAAGACUCCGUACGAGGAUGAUCUGGUUGAACGGUUCUUGAACAUUCCGGAGGUGAAGAAGACACUGGGGGUGAAGGAAUCGUUUGUGUAUGAGAUAUGCAGUGAUGUUGUUGGGAAGGCAUUACAUGGUGAUGUGAUGAAAAGUGUGAAACAGAUGGUGGAAUACUUGGUGAGGAAGAGCAGGGUGUUGCUUUAUCAAGGUGAGUAUGAUUUGAGGGAUGGAGUGGUCCAAACAGAGGUUUGGGUUAAGACAAUGAAAUGGGAAGGGAUAGAAGAGUUUCUGAAUGCUGAAAGGAAGAUAUGGAAGAUUAAUGGAGAGCUUGCUGGCUAUGUGCAGUCUUGGAAGUCUCUCACCAAUGUUGUCGUUUUGGGAGCUGGCCAUCUUCUUCCCACUGACCAACCUCUUCAUUCUCAAGCUAUGAUUGAAGAUUGGGUUCUUCAAAGGGCUUUGUUUGAAAACUUUCCUAAGGCAAAUGUAUCAAGUAAGUCUGUACUUGUUGAAUAACCAUUGAGAUUAAUCAUUGGUUAAAUUAUACUCGUCAUUGCCCAACUGUGUUCCCUAAUAAGCAAUCACUCUUAAAAAUUUUCUAUUUCUUUAAUCGUUCUUUCCAUUUUAA